AUGUCAGAAACUCAACCUGCUAGAGCUGAAACUCAGAAUGCAGCAAGUGAAACUACUAUGCCAGAAAGAAACCUCACUCAGAAUCAUGGACAUCAAAUAAUUACCAGGAGCAAGGCUGGAAUUUUUAAGCUAAAAGUCUAUGCUAGUGUGGCGGCAGAUGAACUGGCUGCAGUUGAGCCAACUGAUGCAAAUGAGGCAUUAACAACCAACCUUAGGGUAUCCAUCUGGAAGCAGAUGGCUGAUGCUGGUAUUAAGUAUGUUCCCUGCAACACAUUCGCGUACUAUGAUCAGGUGCUUGAUACAACUGCAAUGCUCGGUGCUGUUCCCCCUAGGUACAACUGGAGUGGUGAUGAGAUUGGUUUUGACACUUACUUCUCCAUGGCCAGAGGAAAUGCCUCCGUGCCUGCUAUGGAAAUGACCAAGUGGUUCGACACCAACUACCACUUCAUUGUUCCUGAAUUGGGAUCAGAUGUGAAGUUCUCUUAUUCUUCCCACAAAGCAGUGAAUGAGUACAACGAGGCUAAGGCGAUUGGCGUAGAUUCCAUUCCAGUGCUUGUUGGCCCUGUUACAUACUUGUUGCUCUCAAAGCCUGCCAAGGGUGUUGAGAAAACUUUCCCUCUUCUAUCUCUUCUUGACAAAAUUCUUCCUAUCUACAAGGAAGUAAUUGCUGAGUUGAAGGCAGCUGGUGCUUCAUGGAUUCAGUUUGAUGAGCCCACUCUAGUGAUGGAUCUCGAAUAUCACCAAUUGGAAGCCUUCACUAAGGCCUAUGCUGAACUCGAGUCAAGUCUCUCUGGAUUUGAUGUUCUCGUUGAGACCUACUUCUCUGAUAUCCCCGGGGACGCAUAUAAAACACUUACCUCUCCGAAGGGAGUUACUGCUUUUCGUUUUGACUUAGUACGCGGCACCAAGACUUUGGAUUUGAUAAAGAGUGGAUUCCCUUCUGGAAAGUACCUGUUUGCCGGAGUGGUUGAUGGACGAAACAUUUGGGCUAAUGAUCUGGAUGCAUCUCUCAUCACCCUGAAGUCUGUAGAAGGCAUUGUGGGGAAGGGAAAGUUGUCCAAAUAUUUUGCUGCUAACAAGCUCGUUGUCUCCACCUCCUGCUCACUUCUCCACACUGCUGUCGAUCUGGUUAAUGAACCUAAGCUUGACACAGAAAUUAAAUCAUGGCUUGCAUUUGCUUCCCAAAAAGUUAUUGAAGUAAAUGCUUUGGCAAAGGCAUUGACGGAUCAGAAAGACGAGUCCCCUAAAUUAUGCUUUUCUUUGUCUCUCACAUUAUUAUUGACCCUGCACAUUUGGCUGCUGUUCACUUUUCACGCAUUCUUCUCUGCCAAUGCUGUAGCCCAGGCCUCAAGGAAAUCCUCUCCAAGGGUGACUAAUGAAGCUGUCCAAAAGGCUGCUGCUGCUUUGAAAGGUUCUGACCACCGUCGUGCCACUGAUGUCAGUGCUAGACUGGAUGCUCAACAGAAGAAGCUUAACCUUCCAAUCCUUCCAACCACUACAAUUGGAUCCUUUCCUCAGACCAUCGAUCAACACAGUUGUCAAGCUUCAGGAAGAGCUUGA